CGUGUUACAUCAGCACGCUGCUCUGGCUUGAGCUCACCUCCCGUGCCUGGGAGUGUGAGGAGUCCGCUGCGCCCUCAUCUGGCUCGCCUGUUGCAUGGACCUGAAGUGGCUCAACUCACCUGCUCCAAAUGAAUUAGACAUUUCAGCGAACUUCAGCAGACCUGGGGGUCAGACCGUCUGGAGUUGGCAGUUGCUAGUGUCCUUUUGCCCUGAGAUGAUGUAAGAAGGUGUACGAUGAGUGAACAGAGGGACGUGUAGUCUGAGCAGCUGUCAUGACCAUAAAUGGAAAAGCAAGGAAGAUGCUACAGCAGAAACAACAGGAUCUCUUCUGGCAGAAAGCACUUGAGAUUGUAAUGACGCCGUCAUAUCCUGGCAAUCGUCAAGACUGCAGGAGUGAAAGAGACAUGUAUUCCACAUCUGUCUUCAAGAGAGGGACAAAGCGGAGAACGGCGAGUUCCUCUUUCUCAGUUCAUCCUCUCAGUCAAACAAGCGUAUUUGUAAACUGUGCUGGAAGGAACCGUCUCCAACGAUAGUUACAUAACGUGGUGAUAGCCUGCAAAUCCCAGCAGAGGACACACGUUCCAGUUGCCAAAGGACAAAUGUGACUUCAUGGAAUUUUUAGGUCUUAGGAGGCCAUCCACAGAGUAAUUGCUUUAUCUCCUUGGCCUUUUAGUUAUAUUCCAUAAGAUUAAAAGCUUUUUAGGAAAGCCAUUAUGCUCUAGCCUACCUCAAAAUGUAAAAUGUAAGACCACAACUGCUCUACAAAUGCAUCAGAUGUGACACUUAAUAGUCUAUCGACCAUAAUCAUUGCAUGCAGUAUGCAUGAAGAGCAAAGGUCCUAUAGACUUACUGCAAAUAUUUGUCUUUGCCUCAGGUUAACUUCUUUAGGAUUGUAGAAUUUGUGUUAGCCCUGUGAUGGACAAGUGACCCAGUGUGUCGCUUAAGUGUGUCACGUAAACAUGACAUUACCCUUUUAUGAGUAGGAAUAAGGGGGCAAAGAAGGUUGAUUAAUCAGAUAAUUCUAAUGGUGAAUAAUCAUAGGCAAACACUUGUCAAGAACUAUUAUUUGGCAGACAUAUGUGUUAAAAUUACCUUCCAAUUACCAUGAUUAGGUAUAUUUCCCAUAUCAGUUUUUAUCAUGUUAACAACCUGCAGAAAGGAAGGAAACAAGAAACUUGGUGCAUCACUAGAGGAUGUAGACAGAAUGAAAAAAAUGUAUAUACAAAGAUGUAGUCUAUAUUUGCAUGAAUUUAACGUUUUUCACCUUUUUCAUUCCCAUGCAUGUGUGUAUUCAGCAGGGUAUUUAGAUUUACCAAGGUUCAUAUACGGCAACCUCCUACGGCUGAAAAAUGAAGCGAAUGCGGAAGUGCCAAAAACUGCAGUUCCCCGAAUGGCCACUUGAGGCUGGCUCCAAAAAGACACCAAGGAUCAAAUGACAGAGAAGGGCUGGAGUAAUGGAACAUGUGGAUGUCCUCAAGUGGAGAGACCAAAAAGACCAGAUGGGGCCAAAUGGCCUGCCGGACAUGAGCUUUCUCAUUUCAUGGGCCAUCUCCUUCGAGGACGUGGCAAGCAAAGGUGUUGUCUUCAGAGAACUGGACAGCACCGGACGAAAUAAAUGAGCUGUCACUACACCAGGUUGGAUACUUUCAGCUAACCGGUGCUAUGUGCAAAGCUGAUAGAUGCAGGAGUCCCUGCCUUCAGUCCUUUGUUCCACCCACCUUUACCUGGAUCCAAUCUCGCAGUUCCUGCCAACCUUCCAUGCAUCUCCACUUGGAGCUGGACGCGGAGCACGCACAGAGAGUCCCCGGGGCAGAACAGGGAGGGGUCCCGCCUCCCCAGGUCAAGCUGAAAGAAAGGCAGAAGUUCUUUGAGGAGGCCUUCCAGCAAGACAUGGAGCAGUAUCUGUCUACCGGAUACCUACAGAUCGCUGAGAGGAGAGAGCCAAUAGGAAGCAUGUCGUCCAUGGAGGUGAACGUGGACAUGCUGGAGCAGAUGGAUCUGAUGGACAUGUCUGACCAUGAGGCCCUAGAUGUGUUUCUGCACUCUGGGGGAGAGGACAACAGUGCUGCCUCUCCUGUCACAGGUCCAGAUGUUGAGUCCUUCACCACAGAAAUCAGUCUCCAGGUUCCCACCCAGGCCGAGCUGCGCCACAAGCUUUCCUCCCUUUCGUCCACCUGCACUGACUCAGCCAGCCAGGACACGGAGGCAGGAGAGGAGGACGAGGAAGAGGACGAAGAGGAGACUGAGCAAGGAGGAGGAGGAGGAGGAGGCGUCGGAGGAUCGGCGGGAGGAAGGAGGAGAAGGCCCCCGGUGGUGGUGACGCUGGACGAAGAGGAAGUGCACCCCGAUACAGCGCUGGUGGACAGCGUGGACCAAGAGGACCAGACCAGUAAAGACUGUGAGAAAAGCAGGUCGGAGGUUUGAGGAGAGAUGGACUGGAUUUAAACACAAACACACAAACACAUAGAGCUGCCAAAUCAAACUCGGAUAUAUUCUCAUUCUUUUCAUCGUGAAGAAACAUUUAGGCUGCACUAACUGCCACAUGACCUUGCCUUAAAAAGAUCAUUGAUGUGAGUUUUUAGUUCUAAUUGAAUCUAGUGUGAUAGAUCUGCCAUCAGCGCUGAGUGACUUUACACGCACAUCAGUAGUGAUUUUACAUGCACAUCAAUAGUUUGCUCUAAUAUUCAGUUUCUGUGUUUGUGCAUGUUGAGACCAGGCUGCUGAUAAGUGAUGAGGUCAUACAGAAGCACACACUAAAAUCAACCAUAUGUCCUUUUUGAGGUUAUUUGCGGUCAUGCUCCGUGCUAACACUUUAGCGUUCGCUGUGCUGACAGACUGCAGCUGUCAAAUAUUAUUGCAUGUGAGACUAGUAAAAUUUCCACAGAAUAUAAAAAAAUAUGAUGGCAUUUUUGCUGCAGGUCACAUGGGUAAGAUAUGUUUAUAAUCAGGAAAAGUAAGUCUUAUUUGGACUUUCUUAAAUGUGUGUGAUGAUUUCUUUGGUCAGUUCACCCAAAUUAUGAAAAAAAACUGUUUUCUCAUUAGCUAUUCAGAUAGUUUUGCUUAUAUCUGCCCAGGUUUCUCCAUAUCUGUGCUUAGAUUUCCUCUGCUGCAGUGCAGUGUUGUUUUGAUUGCUUAAAAAGUUGAGAAAUUACAUUUAAGAACUUCAACAGCAACUUGUUUUACCAGAAGCAAUGUCCCAGUUACACUAGAUAAUCCACAGACCUCUCUGUUAACACCUGUAACAGUGACUACAGUAUUUCUUUAAUUUCUCAAAACAUGGGCUAAUAAAAUCAAAACUGCCUGCAUGGCUAGAUACCGAUGGAGGUAACUGAGAAAAUGUGUUGUUUUUUUUCAUGUGUAAACUGCCUUAAACAAAGCAAAUGCUUGAGCAUUAGCACAGAGCAUGUAGAUAAACGAUCUGCAAGAAGCACAUGGAUGAAUUUGUCAUUAAUUUAUGGAUUAGCUGAACCCCCAAAGUUUGUUGCAUUCUUUUAAGUGGUCUAUGAGCUAGACUCUGCAAUACUGGAUGUAAACAACCAUUUAGGUAACACUUUUGUGCCAUUGGUUUUGGUAAACUUGGCCUAAUACUGGCAGUCAUUUGGCAGUAGGUCAUUUACCACAUAGUACUGUAUAGCUGACAGACUGGUGGACUUCAGGUAUCAGGAUAUUACUGAUUUAACACACACACACACACACACACACACACACACACACACACAGAGGAGAGUAACCCUUUGCCAUUCCUUUAACCAAUAACGUUGGGGUAAACUCCUCCUUUUGAACAAGGACCAAAUCCCUGUUUGGACUGUGUGCUAUGCACUGGAAAACACCCAGAUGGUUUAACAGAAUCCAGAUCUUUUUGUACAGAAAUGUUGACAUUUGUGCGAUGUGACAGCAUUACUCCUUCCUUUCUUUUCCCCUGCCUACAAUUUCUGACUCGUUGGUAAUAAAUGUUUCUCCCCCCCACCAUUGUUAAAUUUUCAUCUAAGCAUUUCAGGAGCAAGUUAAAGAAUGAAAUGUGAGCACAAUUUAGGGUUUGAACAUGUUAACAGUCCCCGUGCGUUCACUCUUGAUUUACAGGCCUGCCCGAGCUCUCGACUAAUGGAAAGCAGAAACGGUGAAGAAUUGGAAAGGCGAGUACAGAGCAAGAGAGGUUCUGAAAGGAGUUUUCUUUUGAGGGACAAUAUGAUGUUAAUCAGUUAUUACAGUUAAAUGUUUGUUUUUUUUUAAACUGAAAAAUAAGAAAAAGCAAUACCAGUAUUAUGCUGAGAGUAAAUGACAUUUGAAGGCUGAGAGUGGAUGUGUUGCGUUAUUGUGAAUAGGAAACAGUCACUGUCGAUGCGUGACAGUCAUUCCAGUGCACUUUAAUUAAAGCUAUGAAGAACUGCAGGAUCCUCCAACAGUUAGCAUGCACAACGUGUGGUGUGUGAAUAGCGCAAUAAGCUCCAUGUAUAAUGAACAUUAGAUCACUUGUAGUAUAUCCCACACCAAUACUGCAGCUUACUGUGGAGCUUGGUAAUGUCAUGGUACCACCUGUUUGUCAUUUUUGCCGACGGACAAGUUUCUCACUGCAGUGUCUCGACAUUUAUAUUGUUAUAAAAGGGUGAGUUCACUCAAAUUACAGCAAAACAUUUUCUCAUUUAUGGCUACUAGUAUCUAUCUAGUAAUGCAGAUCAUUUUGAUUUUAUUUGCCCAGGUUUUAAAAUGCCCAAUACAAUGGAGGUGAAUGGAAUGAAACAAUCCACAGACCUCACCGUCAACAGUUUGGAUUCUUUUGACUAAUUGGGACUACUUGUUUGGCAGAAAGUAGUUUCAACUAAACAAGAGGUAAUUGAGAAGAUCUGCCAGAAAAUAAAUUUAAAUAAAAAAUUUGAAGUUGUUAAAAACAUUGUUUUGUCUCGCAGUUUAAGUCAAAACUCUGCACACAAAGAGAGACACAAGCAGGUUGGAAAGUAAUGACAGUGAAUUGUCGGUAAGUUUUUAUUAAACCUUAAGUACAAACUGCAAAAGUAAAAAACUGUCAAUAUAACCAACAUGAGACUCUCUUUCCGAAUGGAGGGAAAGGCCGAGAUGCGGCACUAAUAAAUUAAGUCACCAGAGACCCCACUGUGAGCAAGUAGUUUAUACUGUAGAAAAUGGAAGAAACAAACACACAAAAAAUGAACUGAAAAA